CUCUCUCUCUCUCUCUCUCUCUCAAAUUUUUAGCAACACCGCAGUGGAAACAUUCCAAUCGGUGUGGUGAGCAGAAGAUGGCUCUGUCCACCGCUUCCACCAUAUCCAUCCCAUGCCGACCUUCUCCAUCCCCAUCGUCUUCCUCCUCGUUCCCGCUCAACACUGCUCUUGCGUUCCCUAGCAAGCCCAGGAGGUCAAUCCUCACCGCAAGCUCGUCCGGCGACACCCCAACUGAGACCAACCCGGUGACAACAGAGAGCGACGCCUCGGAAAGCUCCAUCGAAGCUCCUGACUUGGCCCCUUCUCUGAUCUCCGCGCUCAACGUGGAACGAGCCCUUCGCGGCAUCGCCAUCACGGACGUGGAUCAUUACGGUAGGCUCGGGCUCCCAAGAAAAUGCCCCUACGAUCAGGUGGCUGGGGCGUACAAGAAGAAGGUGGAAGAAGUGAAGAGCGAGGAGGGGCUCGAAGAAGACGAGCUCAACGAGAAACUGGAACAACUGAAAGAGUCGUACAGGAUACUGUCGUCCGUGGAAGAGAGGAGACUGUACGAUUGGAGCUUGGCCAGGAGCGGGAAGCCGGACAGAUACAUGUGGCCUUUCGAGCCCGACAUUACUCAGACCCCUACACAAUCUCCUCCUCCGCCGGAGCCGGAGGAUGAGGGGCCGACGAGACUUGUGGGUUACUUCAUGCUUGGAUGGGUGGUAUUGUCCUUCGUAUUAUCAAUUGCUCUCAAUCGAUAGUUCCUCGGACGAUGUAUGGAAUUUAUAAAACAUAUCUCCCAAAGAGAGAUCUUGAAUUGGAUGAAGCAUGGAUCUUGAAUUGGUACUAAAUCAUAAUAAUUCUUAUUAGAA